UAUCAAGUUAACAUUGAUCCAGUAUGUUUUAAUUUGCAAGGUUAAAAUAGAGGUUAAAAAACAUUCCCCUCUAAGGUACGAGGACAGGACUGAAAAUAAUUUAAAACAAGAAGAACAACUUAGAGAGCACUUAAAUAAAUAUAGAACUAGGUGCAAAAUAUAGAAAAAUUAUGGGUCGCUCAAGACUUUUGCACAAUUUAAAAGCUUAAAGAAAUUUAAAGAAUACAUCAACAAAAGCUGUAACCUAACAGAAAAAUGAAGCUUAUGCUUCAUGCUUAUAAUACAAACAAUAGGCUAAAUGAAAAAUUCAGUUCUAUCGAUCUCAGGAAAAACUUCAAUAUCUGGUUUGGAAUCUAUGAGGAAGCUUGUGUGAAAGAAUAUUGUUUUUAAGUUUUGAAUUUUCUUUUAAAUUGUAUCUGUUUAUUAGAUUGGAUUGAAAUAGAUGAAUGAAGAACUUUACUGGAAAUAGUUUUGGUGAUUUGGAGCGUACAAUGUCUAAAUGGUCAGAUGGUCUGUAAACUUUCAUCCAUUUAUUUUACGAAAAAUGGUGAAGAGGUUUACAACCAAAAGCUAUCACAAGGAUGUGAAAUUCAAUUCAGUUUUAUUUAUAUAUUUAAUAUUCAAUCAAAACGGUGGGCUCAAUGUGCUUUGUAUUAGAAGGUAAAGACCCUACAAUAACACUGACAACAGUUUUUGAGGCGAAAACACCAUCCUUGGUGAUGCUUUUUUUUAUAGUGGAAAGCACAUAUGCCCAAGGGAAAGAGGGGGGACUCCCAGUGCCUGACUGCUUGCUGACAACUAACAGUCAGUCAGCUGACCUCUGACUGAAAGCGGCAAUUUCAAACAGUGCUUAAAAUGUAUAAUAAUGCAGUAUGUAUGCUUUUAUUAUCACAUGGUAUCUGAAAGAAUUGGACGUGUUUCAGCCUGUGGCUGUCCUCGCUGUUUCUGAUAAACAUUUGGGUGUGAUCUUCAUUUAAACACCACUUAGUACCAACCUAUGGUGGAUGAAAUAAAAUUAUGUCAAAUUAAAUAGUGAACAGAAAAGUUCACAAGCGUUUGUUCCUUACUAAGAUGGUAGUUAAAUAAAAGGGAAAAAAGUUAUAUGUCCAAAGAAAUAACUAACAGUUUGUUUCAACAGAGCUGUGCUUUCAUACAUAUUUCCAUCAGUUACAGCAUUGAUCGGACAUUUGAUAAGACUGGCCUUUUUUAAGCUGUCAACAACAAGUAUCACUGAGGCUGGAACAAACUGUCAGUGGUUAAAACCUCUGAGGCAGGUAUGAAAUGUGAACUUCCUCUUCAUGCGCUUUAGACCCACAGUUCGUCUCUUUAAUUCUGUAGAUGUAAAUUCUGCUCUGAGCCUUUUGAUUCCUUUGCACUAGUCUUGACAAACAAGGGUCAAUCCAUGUAGAUUUUACAGAGGUCAUAAUACAUUGAGGAUGAUCAGGCAACCCACCUCUGGAUAGCACUGAUACACUGGCUGAUACACUGAGGAGAAAUCUGUGACAGAGUAGAAGAGAGAAGUUAAGUCUUAGAUGGAAGCACUGACAUCAGCGUGAACUUUAAACACUGAAGUAACUAAGAGCCUGAGUGUCACUAACACAAACAGACAGAAGAAUCUAAACUGGUGGUAAGUGCAGUUUGAUUGCAGGUGUUUCAGAAAGCAGUGUGCUGGAAACAUGUGAAGGCCACAGCUUAAAGAAGAGACAACAUAGAAAAAGACAGAGUCCAGUACAAUUUUGGGUAAGUCCAGAUACUUAAUGAUUUAGAUGUCAGACCUGUUAAACAUUCUGUUGACAUCAUCUUUACUGUGCAGGCUCACAAUUAUUAAAAUACCUUUUUUUUGUAGGUAAUGAUCAGAUGUUUAAUAUGUGAAAAUAUUGUUAGGGAAAAAAUGGUUCCCAGUUCUUCUUCAUCAGGAGAGGAUAAAAAAGACCAGACGGUCCUGAGGGACUUAAUUUAGAAAGAAGGUUUAAGUGAUCUGCACAUUUGCAUGGCUCAGACUGAAGUGUUUCUAGUGUGAGAAAAUGUUUGAUGUACUCACAAACAUUGCGGUUUCUGAGGUUAUUUUGCAGCAGAGAGGUUCAAAUAUCAAUCAGAGGAUCUGUGUUUAAAUCUGUGAAACUGUGGUUUAACGGCACGCAACAUCACAUCAGUUUGAGACUGCAAGUGGAACAAAUACCUGCAGACGUCUGUAGAGAACUGCAACUGUCAAGAGACAGAACACAUUUUGUGUAUCAGUCAUGUGGACACAACAGAGAAACUUCUUCAAUUUGGCCAUCGGUACACACAUCAGAUUAGCCUGGUCCACUCAGUGCUCUGGAAGAGUUGAAUACUACUAUAGAAGACAAUGGGGAACAGUCUGUGAUGAUGACUGGGACGUAAAAGAUGCUGAGGUAGUCUGCAGAGAGUUAGACUGUGGAACAGCCCUGAAUGCCACUCAGUCAGCUCACUUUGGUGAAGGAAGAGGCGAAAUCUGGCUUGAUGAUGUGUCCUAUUCAGGAAGUGAGAAAUUUCUGACUGAGUGUCAGCACAGAGGAUUAGGGACACAUGACUGUACACACAGUAAGGAUGCUGGUGUCAUCUGUUCAGGUGUGCCAGUCAGAUUAUCUGGAAGCACUUUGUGCUCUGGAAGAGUUGAAUUCUUUUACAACAACGCUUGGGGAACAGUCUGUGAUGAUAACUGGGACAUAAAUGAUGCUGAGGUGGUUUGCAGAGAGCUCGGCUGUGGAACGGCACAGAGUGCUGCUGUAUCAGCCAGCUUUGGUGAGGGAAGUGGAUCCAUCUGGCUUGAUGAUGUGUCCUGUUCAGGAAGUGAGAGAUCUCUGACUGAGUGUCAGAACAGAGGAUUUGGGACACAUGACUGUACACACAGUAAAGACGCUGGUGUUGUCUGCUCAGGUAAAUCUUUUGCCAUUUUUAAUUGA